CGUUAUUAGCCGGACGCUGCAGGAAGGAGCACGCUGUUGAAAUCGCAUGUCGGACCUGCAUUCAGGUUUUAACCUCCAGCUGUGCUGAUAUUAAGGCAAAUUGGUGAAUUAUGGAGGCAGCAAUGAAAAUCACAGCCAAAUACUGCCGGGCGGAGGUAGAAGAGUAUGGCGGCUGUGUCGCGUCUAACCCCUCGGCGUGGCAGAAGCAGUGUGAACACCUGAAGCUGAAGGUGGCGCAGUGCACCUCCUCGCAUCCGGUGAUCAGGAAGAUCCGGACUGACUGUGCAGGAGAAUUCAGGGAGUUUGAACGCUGUCUACAAGAGAACCAAGCCUCUGCUCAGACCUGUUCCACUCACGUAGUUCGCUUUCUGACCUGUGCAGAAAGUGUCGAUAUUAACGGACUAGGAAAUGCAGUGCCUCAGCCCACGUAAAGCCCCAGACAUUAAACCAGACCGUGGUGCUUCAUGGAGCUGCUAACUCAUUAUGGUUCUGUUUCAGAAACGUUAUUCAGUAAUAAAUGUACAUUUGUACUACUGAGCCAGAAAGAGUGAGUAGUUGUUUGCCCAUUUGUUUGACACAUAUUUGUUUUUUUUACAGUAAAAACGACAGACCUUAAGUAUGAUAUGAUGAAAUUUAGAUGUUAAGUGCAUUAUUUUUUUUGUCUUUUUUACCAGUUCAAAGUAAUUGUAUAUGGGCUACUAUGUGUCUGAGGAAAACAAAUUUGAUGCAUAUUUUGCUGAUCGUCAGGCACGUGUUUGCUGGGAAUGCUGUGUAUAUGCUAUACAAAUGAUGAGUUAAGCAGUCUGAACUGUUGUCGUGUUUUAGCGUGUUCCAUCAACAAAUGCGCUUCAUGAAGCAGCUAUUGAAAUGUAGAAAAAUUUCCAGCUGUGCCUCUAAGAAUGUUUGUUUGAUUCAUGUGAUACAAAUGUCGGCUAUGGUCAAGGCAAAAUAUUAUCCUUCACGGUCUUGGUCCUGUUCAUGCUCUUAAAGAUAUGUCAGUUAAUCUUUUAUGAUUUAAAAGAAAUGCUGUAAACUGCUGAGUGGAGUGUUUUCGUUCAGUCCCUCCUGUGUCUCUCUCACUCCCAUCUGAGUCACUGUAUAAUAUUAAACCAAGGAGUGCAUACUGUCUCUGCCUCAUGUCACAUCCAGCCACCCGCUGGCAAAAGAACAAAGCGUGAGGGGGAUGUGGUGGCUUGGAAUUCCUUUGACCAUGGACAGGAGGAACGGGAGUGCAGGCUUGUGAGUCAGGAAUACUUCGCCUACCAUGCCGGAUGUUUCCCCCUCCUUCUCAUCAGCUUGGUCGUUGAAAUAAAAGGUUGAUUAAAUGUGAAA